GAGAGAAGAAGCGCGCGCAGUCACAGCUAGAGCAGCUAGCCUUUGCUGGGAGAGGAAUUGAAGGGGCGAGGCGAGGGAGAGGAGAGGAGAGGACGAUGGCGGAGGCCGAGGAGGCGGCGCUGCAGUUCACGCCGACGUGGAUCGUGGCGGCGGUCUGCUCGAUCAUCGUGCUCAUCUCCCUCGCCGCCGAGCGUGGCCUCCAUCACCUCGGCAAGACGCUCAAGAAGAACGAUCAGAGGUCGCUCUACGAGGCGCUCCUCAAGGUCAAAGAAGAGCUGAUGCUGCUGGGGUUCAUCUCCCUGCUGAUGACGGUGCUCCAGGGGACGAUCCAGCGGACGUGCAUCCCUCCCAGCUGGACGGACUACAUGCUGCCGUGCCAGAAGGCGGGGGGCGAUCACCAGCAGCCUGCGGGGGUCGCCGCGCGUUUCAGCGCCGCCGAUAUCCUCGCCGGGAUCAGCAGGGCACGGGUGCUCAGCGAGGGCGGGGCUGGAGCCGAGGCCGGGCUCUGCCAGAAGGAGGGAAAAGUUCCACUGCUGUCGGAAGAAGCCUUGCAUCAGCUGCACAUCUUCAUAUUUGUUCUGGCUGUGGCGCAUGUCUUCUUCAGUGCUACGACUAUGCUUCUGGGAGGUGCAAAGAUACACAAAUGGAAACAGUGGGAGGAGGAAAUUCAGCAAAACAAUGAUGCAGGAAACGGACCUAAGAAGGUGCUACCUAUGCAUCAAGUUUCAUUCGUUAGGGAGCAUUACAAGGGGAUUGGCAAAGAUUCUAUGACAUUGUCUUGGCUGCAAUCAUUUGUUAAGCAGUUCUAUGGUUCAGUAGCUAAAUCAGACUACACCGCAAUGCGUCUUGGUUUUAUCAUGACUCACUGCCGCGGAAAUCCAAAAUUUGAUUUCCAUAGAUACAUGAUGAGAGCUUUAGAGUCUGAUUUUAAGAAAAUAGUCAGUACAAGCUGGAGCUUGUGGAUGUUCGUGGUGAUAUUUCUGUUGCUGAAUGUCAAUGGUUGGCACACAUAUUUUUGGAUGGCUUUUCUUCCCCUUGUUCUUCUGCUGGCUGUUGGCACCAAGCUGGAGCACAUCAUCGCUUCGCUUGCCUACGAUGUAGCCGCGAGGCAGACGGCGGUCGAGGGCGAUUUGGUUGUGAAGCCAUCAGACGAGCACUUCUGGUUCGGGCAGCCACGAAUCGUCCUGCACCUGAUCCACUUCAUCCUCUUCCAGAACGCAUUUGAGCUCUCAUUCUUCUUCUGGAUACUGAUGACCUAUGGAUUACACUCCUGCUUCAUGGACCAUGUCGGUUUCUUGGUGCCAAGGCUCGUUCUAGGGAUCGUCAUCCAGCUUCUCUGCAGCUACAGCACCCUGCCUCUGUAUGCAAUUGUAACCCAGAUGGGGAGCUACUACAAGAAGGAGAUCUUCAACGAGCACGUGCAGCAGGGCGUCCUGGGCUGGGCGGAGAAGGCCAAGAAGAAAUCAGGGCUGGGCUCGCAUCAUGUGUAGUUUUCCUGCGUUGUAAGGCAUAGACGUGACAUAAUUUUCUCAUACAGCUUCACUCACAGCAGCCAUAAAUGGUGCUGAUCUAUCUGUAAUCUCACAAGUAGUCAUCGGCAUCAAAAUUUACUCAGAUGAUCCUGAACCUGAUACUUUUGAUGAUGAUGCCUCA